GGUUCUAUCAGCACCAACAGCAGCAGUCAACAGCAGCAGUCAACAGUCAACAGUCAGCAGUCAGCAGUCAACCGUUGAGCAACAGUUCAGUGCAACCGUUCAUCAAUCAAAGGAUACUCCAGUUCAAUAUGCGCUACGCUCUGCUCGUCGUAUUCCUGUGCGGACUCAUGUUUGCCAUUGCCUCGGCCGGACUCCUCGGCGGAGGCGGCGGUGGUGGCGGCUAUGGUGGUGGCGGCAGUGGUGGUGGAGGACACGGUGGCGGCGGCGGCGGGGGCAAAGGAGGCUGGCAAAAGAACGGCGGCGGCGGCGGCGGAGGCGGAGGCGGUGGACAGGGCGGCUGGCAAAAGAAUGGCGGCGGCGGUGGAUACGGCGGCGGUGGUGGCGGCGGCGGCAAGUCCCUGGCCGGCAAUCGCGGCAGCGCUGUCUCCUGGCAAGGCGGUAACGGCGGCGGUGGCAAGCACGGCGGCGGCGGCGGUGGCGGCGGCGGUGGCUAUGGAGGCGGCGGCGGCAAGCACGGCGGCGGCGGUGGAGGCGGUGGCAAGCACGGUGGCGGCGGCUGGUAAAGCCAACCACCAAACAUCAAACUCAAUCCAAAACACCCCAACCACACACAACGAGAACUGCAAGACGAAACGAAAUGUAAAUACUCCGGCUACUGCGACUCCUGCGGCUGACAUGUGUUCCACGGCAUAGAUAUAGAGCUAGAGGCAUUUCCCACAAGUGCUAUACUUUACCUUUAUUUUUUUUAAAUUUUUUUUUUGUUCGCUUACCUAACUAGUUACACCCAAAGUUACUCAACUCUUUUCUUUCCUCUCUACUUUUAAUUGUACUAAUAAAUAAUCGUUCAUUUUGCUAAAA